UGAACGUAUACCUCUCUCUGACGUUGCAUUGACAAUGCUCAGCCACUUGCGCAACGCUCUACCGUCGCAGUCCUUGCCACGAUACGUUAGGUCGUUAACCCAAGCGACUUUGGCUCAACCUGUCCAAUACCCAUAUUUCAUACCACGCAACACCAACGGUAACCUUCCCGUCUAUACAGAUAUUCGGAACGGUGGCACACGCUUCCUUGUCACGAUACGCAACGUGGAUGGCAAAGCCGACCUCUUGGCAAAAGAUCUGGCCGACUCAUUGUUCGAGAAUGGAUCUCGGGAAGCCUCGAAACUAAAAAUCGAGAUUACGCGGUCGAGAAACCUGGUUAUAUCUGGGGGUCGGUGGAAGAAUCAAGUUGUAGAAUGGCUAAUGGGGAAGGGAUUUUAGACAGAUGGUGAAUAAAAUCGUUCCCAAA